AUGAGUGGGUUUUACAGUAGAGGCAAAAAAUCCCAAAAUGAGCAAAAGGAAAAAGAAGAGCAGCAGCGAUUUGAACAGCAAAUGAAAGAGCAAGAAAACAAUAAAAAGGAGAUAAUCAAAGAAACAAAUAAGAUAAGAAUGUAAGGAAUAGAUAGUUCUAAACAAACACAAGAAGAAAAGAAAAAACAAGAAGCAAUGAAAUUAGAAGAAGAAAAGCAAAGGAAAAUUAAGGAAAAUAGAGAAAAAUAUACAAAUUUUGUAAGAGGAAAACGACACGAAAAAUCAAAAUCAAGUGAAGAGAUAAAGGAAAAUGAAAAUAAAGAGAAGGCGAACGAGGAAAAAAGAGAAAACAGCGUCGUAGAAGACAUAGAAAAGUAUGAAAAUGCAGAGAUACCUGAAGAAAUUUUGCCAGAAGACUCUCCUAUUAAAGAGGUAGAAAUUGAAAAAAUCCAAAAAUCAGUUGAUAAGGAAAUUUCAAAAAAUGAGGAUGAUUUACCUCCAGUCAGAAUAAAGAAAAAACUCAUAAGGCCUGGAAGCAAAGAAAAUGCGAUACCUAUGAAAACGAUGGAGGUUAUAGUAGACUCAGAACCUGUUAGAGUCCAAACACCACCGUUUCACAAUCUUAAUGAAAUAAACCCUAUGAUUAACGAAAAGCCAAGACCUAUCAAAAAGCGCCCAACAUUUAACCCAAAGCCUCGACCAAACGAAACUAAAGAAAAAAAUGUAAGUCCUCCUAAAUCUGAAAUUAAAAAAAAUAUAGAAAAAGUCCCAGACAUCAGCACUAUUCAAAACCAAGAAGAUGAAAUUGAAGCAGCAUUAAUGAUGCUUAAUAUAAAAGCUAUAAAACAAAAAGCUCUCUCUGGCAUAGAAGCAAUAGAUGAAGAAGCCAAGCUUCUUGAAGAAUCUUUAGCGCUCGUAAACAUCACACCAAUUCCUCCUGAAAUUUCACAAGAAGUCUCUUCACAAAUAAUCCACCCUGCCCCAAUAGCUAAACUUAUUGAAGAGCCAAAGCGAGAACCUUCAGUAUAGGCAUAUCCCUAAGAUAGCCCAAUAUGGGCGAGGGAAGAGGCCAAAACUUCCCAUUUGGUCCGGCCAACUCAGGUUGGUCGAACCAAGUCGUAAAUGGCGAAUGAGCCUCCUUCCACUUGGUUCGGCAAACCUGAGUUGGCCGGACCAAGUGGGAAGCUUUGGCCUCUAUCCCUCGCCCAUAUCGAGCUAUCUUAGGGAUAUGCCUAUAGAAACUAAGAUAACAGAGGAUCAAAGAUCUGCAUUUAGUGCAUUUCCAAUCCGUGGAAAUAUAUCAGAUGGGCAAUCAAUGAUUUCUACUAUAAGAAAUGAAAAAAAAUGAAAUUCCAGACAAGUGUCAGUGGAUAGAGAGCCAGUAAAAAAAAUUGGUUCGGUUUAUAACGAAAUUGCUGCAAGGAGUGGAAGAUAUGGGAAAGAUAACCCUCCGCCUAAAUAUGCGAUGCGCAAAAAAAGGGAAAGAGAGCCAAUUUCGCUAACUUUCCCUCCUCUGUGGCUAACAAAAUUAUUUUGUUCGCUCACUAAGGGUUAAGUUUUUUUUUUUUUAAAAAAUAAUUUAGAUCUAUAUUCGCAAAAUUGGAAACCAAAAAUUAAUUUAAUUUAUAAAAUUUAUGUUUUAGACGAAAGCUAUUUUAAAUUAAACAGAGUUAGCUAUUGAUUUCAUUAUAAUAAUUAUCACUUAUAUAGCAAAAGAUUUUUUCAUGAAAAAAUCUUUUGUUUGCUCACGGAGGAUGGCUUUUGGCCAAAAAUGGGGAUUUUUCCAUAGUUUUGUUCGCUAACGGAAGGGGGAGUAAGGAAAAUCCCAAAGCCUAGUAAGUAUAAUCUUGAUGUGGUAAAAAUAAAUCCAAAAGUCGAUAUAAAACAACUCUUCCAUGAAGAAGAUCUCCCAGAAUGGGCUAAAUAG